AUGGCCACCAAGGAGCCCCGAACUUACGCCUUUGGAUUUUUAUGUCUGGAAUACUUUGAAAGAGAAAAAAAACAAUCUGAUGUUGGCUCAUCGAGCUGUCCCCAGCAGCAGAGACCGAAUGAGAAAAAAUGCAGGAAGCCAUUCCCUAACAUUUACAAGCCGAUUCGCUCGGCAAGGGACGAAACGCCAUCUCAAGAUUGUAGCGGGAGUAUUACGAUUAAAAGCGAAAAUAGAAUAGGUGACGUUUCCAAAGAAAGGAAUAACCCCCAUAAGGCGGAGGACGCUGUUUCGCCAGUAUUUGGAUUGACCGAAGAAAGACUUUACAACCUCCUCAUCCAGUUUACCGUAUCUCCAGAGGAUCUCUUUUCUAAUGGGUAUCCACAGGUGGAUAAGGUUAAGAACCAAGUCCGCUUGUUCGAACAUUGUUUCGGAAUCCUUCAAGGAUUCCGAAGAAAUUGGCUGAUAUUGAGGAGGAUUUUGAUCGGAAUUCACCGACAGCAGUUGAGAGGACCUGCGUUAGAUGCAACGACCUUCUUCGUCAAUGACCAUGGUUACUUGACGGAACAUCAACAGUGCUUCUACCAUUGGGGGAAAAUCUCUUACUGUCGCCAUACAUGCUGUGAAAAUACUUCAGGAUCAAAAGGUUGCACUUCAUCGAAACACCACGUCUGGAAUGGGACGGUGGUCAACGAGGCGCUGCAAGGUUUCAGUGUUAUAGAGUUCGAGGAACUUUGCAGGGUAACCGUUUUGGAAUUUGACGGGGCGACAGUGUAUGAUUAUUUUGUGCAACCGGAGGAAGAAGUUGUCGACUAUAAUACCAGAUUUUCUGGAGUAACGGAAAGUGACGUGUACGGGCAAAAUUCGAAAACUUUCAAAGAGGUGCAAAGUGAUCUAUUGACUUUUAUUAACGAGGACACCAUACUGAUCGGACACGCGUUGGACAACGAUUUGCGAGUGCUGAAACUGGUCCAUUCUAAAAUUGUGGACACGUCUCUGAUUUUCCCGCACCAACGCGGUUUUCCCUUCAGGAACUCCCUGAAGAAUUUGAUGUCAGUUCAUCUCAACAAACAAAUUCAAACAUCCAAUCAUGGAAAUAGUCCAUAUGAGGAUGCUCUGAGUUGUUUGGAACUGAUAAUGGUGAAAAUACAACUGUACUACGCUCAGAGACGUCUCACAAUUUAA